AAGAUGUCCUUCAUUGCAGCUUUGGGAAUCCUAAUGGCUGGGAUCUGCCCUGCUGUCUUCUUCUCUUCAGAUGGGAUACUAGGAAGGCACACUGCAGUCCAGAAAGGUCAAGACACUCGAAAACAACUGUACAGUCUCACAUUGGCCUCCAUCAACACUGACUUUGCCUUCAGCCUGUACAAGAAGCUGGCUUUGAAGAAUCCACAUAAAAAUAUUGUCUUCUCUCCACUUGGCAUAGCAACUGCCUUGGCCUCCUUGUCUCUGGGAACAAAGGGCAAGACCCUGGAGGAGAUUCUAGAAGGUCUCAAGUUCAAUCUCACAGAGACUGCUGAGGCAGACAACCACCAUGGCUUUGGGCACCUCCUACAGAGGCUCAGUCAGCCAGGGGACCAGGUACAGAUCAGCACAGCCAAUGCCAUGGUUGUUGAAAAGCACCUGCACAUCCCGACAGAGUUCAAGGAGAAGGCAAGGACUCUGUACCAGCCUGAGGUCUUCACAGCAGACUUCCAGCAGCCUCGUGAGGCCACAAAGCUCAUCAAUGACUAUGUGAGCAAUCUGACCCAGGGGAAGAUUAAGGAACUGGUCUCAGACCUGGAUAAGAGGACAUCCAUGGUGAUGGUGAAUUACCUCCUCUUUAGAGGCAAAUGGAAGGUGCCCUUUGACCCUGAUGACACAUACAUGGGAAAAUUCAUAGUGGAGAGUAAGAGGCCCGUGAAGGUGCCCAUGAUGAAAAUUGAGGAUCUCAGGACACCCUACUUCCGGGAUGAGAAGCUGAAAUGCACUGUGGUGGAGCUGAACUACAAAGGCAAUGGCAAGGCCAUGUUCAUCCUCCCUGACCAGGGCAGGAUGCAGCAGGUAGAAGCCAGCUUACAACCAGAGACCCUGAGGAAGUGGAAGAACUCUCUGAGGCCCAGGAUGAUAGAUGAGCUCCACCUACCCAAGAUCUCCUUAUCCCAACACUACAACCUGGAAGACAUCCUUCCAGAGCUGGGUAUCAAACAAGUUUUCUCCACACAGGCUGACCUGUCUGGGAUCACUGGAGACAAGAAAAUAAGAGUCUCUCAGAUGGUCCACAAGGCUGUGCUGGACAUGACUGAGACAGGCACAAAAGUAGAUGCCACCACAGGAGCCAUAUAUAACUUCCUAUCUUCAAAAAUGUACCCUAUGCUUUUUUAA